AUGGCGUCAUCCUCAUCCACGGAUGUGGGAGAAGAAGCGACAUGCCCAAUCUGCAUGGAGUAUCUGACAGACCCUGUGACCUUGGACUGUGGUCACAACUACUGCCAGGGCUGCAUCGUAAACUAUUGUGACACAUGGGAACAAAUGCAGGUGGGGGACUUGGAGUGUCCCUUCUGCAAAGCCCGAAUGCAGAGUGGGAGUUUUCGCCCCAAUUGGCAGCUGGCCAAUAUAGUGGAAAAAAUUAAACUCCUGCCACCAAAUAAAGGGGAAAAGGAACUGUGUAAGAGACAUAAGGAAAAACUCCACUUGUUCUGCAAAGAAGAUGAAGAAUUGGUGUGUUUGUUAUGUGAGCGGUCCCCAGAACAUAGAUCACACACUGUGGUUCUCAAGGAAGAGGCUGCCCAGGAAUACAAGACACUCAUCUGUGGUCGCCUGAAGCAUCUGAAGAAAGAGAGAGGGAAAAUGCUGGCUUAUGAAGCAAAAAUAGGAGAAGAAAGCAACAGCCUGCUUAAAUUAACAGAAACUGAGAGGCAGAAUAUAGAGGAGAAGUUUAGACAACUGCACCAGUUUCUGGAAGAACAAGAAGAGCAUCUGCUGAAUGAGAUAGAAGAGAUGGCGAAGGAAACUGCAAGAAGAAGGGAUGAGCAGCUGGCCAGACUCUCCAGGAAACUCUCUUCCCUUGAGAGGGUCAUCCGGGAGAUGGAGGAGAAGAGUCAGCAGCCAGCAAAUGAACUCCUGCAGGAUGUGAGAUGCACCUUGCAGAGGUGUAAGCAAAGGGAGAGAUCUGAAAAUCCACUGACUUUCCCACCAGAAUUGAAGAGGAACAUCUCAAACUUCUGGGUUGCGAAUCCCAUUCUAUAUGUUGAGAUGGAGAAAAUAAAAGAUGUUCUGUUAUUUGGAGUGCUUCAGAAAGGUAAAUAUUGGGUGAAGGACCAAAUUCAAGUUUCCCUCAUCUUCUCCCCAACAGCAAAUGUCACUCUGGAUCCAGACACAGCCCAUCCCAUCCUCAUCUUGUCUGAGGAUCUUCAAAGUGUGAGAUAUGGAGCCAAACCUCAAGUCCUGUCCAACAAUCCUGAGAGUUUCAAUGUUUGGCCUUGUGUGUUGGGACGUGAGGGAUUCACAGCAGGCAAACAUUUCUGGGAAAUCAGUGUGGGAAAUGCGGAAUGCUGGGCUGUUGGGGUCGCCAGGAAGUCUGUGAAGAGAAAAGGCAUCUUCCCCUUAAGCCCUGAGAGAGGGAUCUGGGCUGUGCGGAAGUCUGGAGCCCGGUACUCGGCCUGCACCUACCCUGAUUCCUCUCUGUCCCUGAGUUGGGAGCCCAAGAGGAUCCGGGUGACUCUGGACUAUGGAGGGGGACGUGUAUCUUUUUCUGAUGCUGACUCAGGAGCCGAACUCUACAUGUUCUCAGGAGCCUCGUUCUCCGGAGAGACUCUCCUCCCUUUCUUUCGUCUGAAUGGCAUUAAAACCCACCUCAGGAUCUCCCAUUAAGAGCAGAAUUGACAUCUUUGCAGAUGCCUUGUGAGAGGAGUCAUUCCAGUCACACUCGGAGGAAACAACAAAACAAAAUCUGGAAUUUUCUUUCCCCUUCCCUUUCCCAGAAUUCCCUCUGCAGUGGAAUCCUUAAAGAGAGGGAAACACUUUAA